AGCAUUUGUGCGGCCCAAGGGUCACUGCAACGGGUGCGGACCGACGCGCGCGCCCGCACCACAGCAGCGAUGUAUAUCAUCAUGUACUUCUACAUGGGGCUCAUCAGUGUUGCUUCUAUCGGCUCGCUUGAGCGCGGCCACGUCGACGAUCACAUGAUGCAGCAGCAUCUCAGGAAGGCAGACCCUGAUGUCGUGCAGAGUGAACCUGCACCAAUACCCCCCGUCGUCGUCCAGGAAACGGAUGACGGUGAUGGCAAGUUGCAUGUUGUGGUCGAAUUCGACGAGAACAGCACAACACAGUCACGCCAGGCGCAAAACCCAUACACCGUGUAUGGUACCUCAGGCCAUUGCUCGGUUUGCGGCAGAUCAGGGUACAAUUGCCUCGGCCAAAACGGCAAUUACGAUGUGGCAUGGGCUAGUGUGAAUUUCGGUGGCGUCAACCUGGGCACGGUCACCAAGUGGACAGUAACGGCAUACGGAGCCAAGUGCAGCGUGGGGACUCUGUCAAUGUCUUUGUCAGGCACGACCGCCUCAGGAUACUGUGGUUCUCCGACGGAUUGCAGUUGCGACGUGUGCCUCGCGUGCACCGCCUCGAGCGCAACGUACCCGAAUGGCAUCCCGAACUGGAAUUGGGGUAGCAACUCCAUCAGUCCCGGUUAUUCUGCGAGCACUUAUUGUACAUCCAGGUUGGAGAUCGACAUUCAGUACACGGCGGCGACACCCAACCCGACGCGCUACCCCACGCCCUACCCCACGCCCUACCCCACGCCCUACCCCACGCCCUACCCCACGCCCUACCCCACGCCCUACCCCACGCCCUUCCCCACGCCCUACCCCACGCCCUACCCCACGCCCAACCCCACGCCCAGCCCGACGCCCAACCCGACGGGCAUGGGCGGAGGCGAGGCAGGCAGGCGGUCUUCGUUUUCAAGUUCAGAGGAAGGGGAUGAGUUGGACAAAAUUCGGGGAGUUAGAACUGAAAGUUGUCCGUGGGCACACACAGCAGGGCACCCAGUAUCUGAACUUCUACGUCAAGCACCUCGAUCGUGUUAGGUUCACCAUCGGAGGGUUGCUGGGAGAAGAUGAUCACACGCAGGCGUCGAUGGGCACGGCAGCUUGCGUUCGGCACCUCUCCCUCUGAUGCAGGGGGCUACUGUCGCUUGCCCACAAUGAGUACGGCCAGCAUGAAUCGGGAGGUUUGCUUCCGCUUUUCAUGCGUCGAUGCGUACGUUAGCUUGCGUUCCGCACUUCUUUCAAUGUAGGGGAAUAAAGCCGCUUACCCGAGAUCAAUACGGUCAGAAUGGAUGGUUCGGUUUGCGUCCGAUGUCCAUGCGCCAAUGCGCACGACGGUUUGCGUCCUGCGUUGUUUCAUUAAUACUUCAUUAAUACCGUGUUCGGUCCGCAGACAUUCGGCCUAGAACAAAAACUAAGCCUCGCGAGCUGUUCACCCCUCCAUUGAAGAAGGGGGUCCGCAAUUACGUUCCGCCA